AUGUCGUACGUCAUCUCUGACUGGCGCUUUGAAGCGCGUCGGCCGGUGGCACUGGGAUUAGAUGGCGAUAUCGAAGAGAUGGAAACGUCGUCGUUUGUGUCCACGCCUGGUGUCGAACCGCUCUUGUCGUACCGACACCUGGAUCGUGCGACUCUUGAGAUUCGACUCUUGCGGUUCUUCGCGAACGAUGAAGGAGAUCUCAUCGGCUCUCUCAGCCAAGCUCGCCUCGAGGACUCCAAGAUCCAAUACGACGCACUGUCUUAUGUCUGGGGUAGUCACGCAAAGUCAAUGCACAUUACGAUCGAUGGUCAGACACUUGCGAUAACACGAAACCUGCAGAAAGCUUUGACUCUACUGGUCAGCGUCACUGCACGACCACUAUGGGUAGAUGCUAUCUGCAUCGAUCAGACCAACACGGGGGAGCGUAAUCAUAUAGUCUCACUUAUGCAUGGGAUAUAUAGAUAG